AUGGCCAGCGACUCAGGUGAACCCACGCGUCGCAAUCACCGUCGUUCAGUUUCUACCGAAGACUCGGAGGAGCCUUCCAAACGUCGAAAGCACCAUCGGCAUCACCGCCACCGUCACCACCGCCAUCGUAGCAAGAAAGAGACAGAGGAAACGUUCAAGAAAGCAGACGAGAAACUAGAAGGAGGAGGGAUUGAUGAAAUUCAAGUCGAAGAAAGAAAAUUGGAAGGUGAUGUUAUGAAAAAUGGAGAUGAGGGUGCGGUGGGUGAGGUUCUGGGGUCGACUGGGGUGGGAUUUGUGGAUGUGGAUUAUGAUAUGGAGGAAGGAGAGAUCGUGGAGGACGAGGGUUUAAAUGACAAUGGUGAUGGAUAUUUUGGGAAGCAAAAGAAGUUGGAUUCUGAUGUGGAGUCGGGGGAAAUUGAAACUGACAGACACGACAAUAUUAUCACGGAAAUUAGUGAAGAGAAUAUGUACAUAGUUAGUAAGAAUUUAAGGAAAUUUGGAGAUGCCAAAAGAGGUGAUGAGAUGGAUUGGGAGAGAACAAACUAUGCUGAGGGUCUUUCCAAUGGGAAUCAUGUACAUAAAUGUCACAGUGAUCGCACUAGGAAUCACACCGUAGAUGCGUCUCCUCUUGAAGGCGUUGACAAGAGGAUAAGUGAAUACGAUUAUGAAACUCAGGGUAGUUUUCAAGGUAAAUCUCUAUCAUCUGAGAAGAGGCACAGAAUUGUUUCACACUCCCCCUCUCAUGACAAAUACGGGAAAGAGAGUUCUAGUAGGAAUGUAUCCAAGUCACCUGAUUGGUCUAGGGGAAGGUCACGGUCUCGAAGCAUUUUUCGUGAGGCUUCUGUUGUCAGUACACUGCAUAAGCAGGAGGAUUCAUCUUAUACGGAGAGAAGACACAGGAGCGGUUCAUAUGAUGAAAGGGUUAUUGCACACGACAGAGACUACAUACAGAGUAGCAGAGAUGUUGUAAGGGAUACAGAAAGGGAGCGUAGUUGUAGCAUUUACUCAGAUCGAAUGGAAAGGCAUCCCAGCAGAGAAACAUAUGAUAAAUAUAGGGAGGGCAGUAGGGAUAGAACUAGAGAGCAAGAUGGGGAGAGGGAAAGAAAAAGGGAAAGUGAAAGGGAAAGGGAAAGGGAGAGAGAAAUGACCAGACAUCGAGAUCGAGAUAGAGAUCGAGAUAGGGAGAGGGAGAAGGGAAGGGAGAGGGAGAAGGAAAGGGACAGAUUAAGAGAGGACAGGGACAGGGACAGGGACAGGGCUAGAGAUGGGGUUAGAGAGAGAAGGGAAGUUAGAGGAAGAGACAGGGACAGAGACAGAGAGAGGGAGAAUGAGAGUGAUAUCAGGCGCCAUAAAUACAAUUCUAUAAAUGAUGGUUACGGGGACCGAGGUUGGUAUAAUGAUUCUAGGCAUAGAAAAAAUUCUGAAAAUGAUCACAGAGAAAGAUCAAGGAAAACGGAUUCCGAAAAUGUCAGCUCUAAAAGUAAUCUUGCUGAAAGGAUUGCUGAGAAUAUUAAAAGGGAAGAAGAUGAACAAGAGGACUAUCAAGAAAGGAUUGCAAUGCAACUGGAAGAACAGGAAGAAGAUCUUGAGAGAAUAAGGGAGGAAAGUAGAAGGCGUAAGCAAGCUAUCCUUGAAAAGUACAAAAAUAAACAGUCACAACAGCAAAUUGGAACUCAAUCACAAGAUAUGGAUAAGGAGCAAGUUGGCCAAUCUUCUGAUCAAGUGGCAGCUACUGAUCUGGUCGAAAAUGUCGAUGGUCAGGCAGAAAGUGCUGAUGUUUACAUUGCUGACCCAUCAUUUUCUGUUGGGAAAUCCCCUUCACAAAAUGGCCUUUCUGCUUUGGAGAGGCCUACUGGAAUUGGUGGACUGGGGGAGGGUACUCCAAAGAGUGAGAGAUCUGAUGAUAUGUUUUGUGAUGAUAUAUUUGGAGAAUCCCCUGCUGGCGCCCGCAAAACGGGUAAAGGUGAAGGUUUAGUAGCUGUUGAAAAGAGUGGGCUUCAUGACAACUGGGAUGAUUCGGAAGGGUACUAUGGCUACCGUUUUGGAGAAACACUUGAUGGCCGAUAUGAAAUUAUUGCUGCCCAUGGGAAAGGCGUCUUCUCAACUGUAGUUCGUGCAAAGGAUCUUAAGGCUAAACCAGGUGACCCUGAAGAAGUAGCAAUAAAAAUCAUACGUAGUAAUGAAACAAUGUAUAAGGCGGGCAUGGAAGAGUUGGUCAUUCUAAAGAAGUUAGUUGGUGCUGACCCUGAAGACAAGCGGCAUUGUGUCCGUUUUCUUUCUAACUUCAAGUAUCGGAAUCAUUUAUGUUUAGUUUUUGAAUCUCUUCAUAUGAAUUUAAGGGAGGUUCUCAAGAAAUUUGGUCGUAAUAUUGGUUUGAAGCUUACUGCUGUGAGGGCAUAUGCAAAGCAACUCUUCAUUGCGCUGAAACAUUUAAAAAAUUGUGGCGUUCUUCAUUGUGAUAUUAAACCAGAUAACAUGCUGGUGAAUGAAUCAAAAAAUGUAUUGAAGCUUUGUGACUUUGGUAAUGCCAUGUUUGCUGGUAAAAAUGAAAUUACUCCAUACCUCGUGAGCCGUUUUUAUCGCGCCCCUGAGAUAAUUCUAGGUCUACCUUAUGACCAUCCCAUGGAUAUUUGGUCAGUUGGUUGCUGUCUGUUCGAGCUUUAUGCUGGGAAGGUUCUCUUUCCCGGGGCUACCAACAAUGACAUGCUUCGCCUUCACAUGGAAUUGAAAGGUCCCUUCCCAAAAAAGAUGCUUCGAAAGGGAGCUUUCACGGACCAGCAUUUCAACCAGGAUUUAAAUUUCCUUGCUGUAGAGGAAGACCCUGUCUCAAAGAAGGCAAUAAGGAGGCUGAUCUUUAAUAUCAAGCCUAAAGAUUCUAGUACAUUAAUUUCGGGAUCUCCUGGAGAGGAUCCAAAAAUGUUAGCUAAUUUUAAAGAUCUUCUGGAAAGAAUUUUUGUGUUAGAUCCAGACAAGAGGAUAAAUGUAUCGCAAGCCUUGAGCCAUCCAUUCAUCACGGAGUUCAGGAGACGGUGGUUGGCGUGGUUGAAGUCCUCAGAGAAGAUGUUGGGAGAAACCUGUUACUGGCAGUACUUUCAGUGGAUUGUUUUCUGUUUCUAUCGAUAUCUACCUGUGCUAUGA